AUGCACGGAGCUGACUCUUCUCUUCUGGAGGCCCCUGCUGCUGCUGCUGUUGCUGAUGCUGCUGCUGCUGCGGAAGGCACAGAAGCAGCAGCAGCAGCAGCAGCAGCAGACUGCAGCAGCUCUCCUCCUCCCCCUAGAAGCGAUGCCUUCCCGUUCUUCUCUGAUGCUGCAGUGCAGCAGCUGCUGCAGCGGUGCAGCAGCAGACAGCAGCAGCCGCUGCUCUUAUGGAAGCCCCGGCGCUGGCAGCUGCGCGCCUACAAACCUCAUCCCCCAGCAGCAGCAGCAGCAGCAGCAGCAGCAGCAGCAGCAGCAGAUGGAACAGCAGAAGCAGGAGAGGCAGAAGACAGCAGCAGCAGCCGCAGCAGUCGCAGCACAGACGAUGAAGCUGAAGACUACCCCAGCAGCAGCAGCAGCAGCAGCAGCAGCAGGGUGAAUUGCUUAGGAGGUGUCUCCUUAGGUGGGGGGCUAGCCCGGGGAUCUAUCUGCUGCAUUUCAAGAGCAGCAACAAUUAAAUCUCCUCAGUCUCUUGCUGCAAAACGUUAUUUAUUGCAUUCUCUUCGUCGUCUUCGCACCGCCUGUUUUAUUGCUGAAGAUGUUCAAGUCCUUACAGAGUGGCAGCGAGUGAAGUGUGAAAUGCUGCUGCAUGCGUCUCUCCUCCAUCCGCUUAUCUGUCCUCUAUUAGGAGUUGUUGUUGAUAGUGCUGCUGGUUUGCUGCUGCUGCUGCUGCCGCACAGACACAGCACUCUUCUAGCCUGGAGCAAAGCUGCUGCAGGCUUCGUCCUGACCAACAAACACCUGCAGCAGCAGCAGCAGCAGCAAGACCAGCAACAGCAGCAGCAGCAAGACCAGCAGCAGCAGCAGCAGCAAGACCAGCAGCAGCAGCAGCAACAGCAGCAGCAGCAGCUUACAGAGUCCUUUGCUUGCCGCGUCUGGCUGCCGCAGCAUCAGCGACAGCAGCAGCAGCAGCAGCAGCACAACGUAGAGGGUGGUGUCUGCCUUGAAGGAGGUUAUUUGGAGACAGAUGAUGAAGAAGAAGAAGAAGAAGAAGGAGACGAAGAGACAAAUGCAGACAGCUUUCUCUUUACCUCUACGCCGUCUGUCUCUGUUGACUUUGAUUAUUUAAAAGAGAUAAAAACAGCACUUGAAAAAGCAGAAGAAAACCCUUUACCUCCUCUGCCCCUUAUUGCUGCUAAACCCCCACCCAACAGUGCAGCAGCAGCAGCAGCAACAGCAGCAGCAGCAGCAGCAGCAGCAAACCUGCACAAGAAGGAAAGACAUAUGCCGCUAUCAGAAGCCCUUGCUGCUGGACAUCUUGAUGCAGCUGCCUUCCCCACAGAAUACAGCAGCAGCAGCAGCAGCAGCAGCAGCGACAGCGAGUCCGAUGAAGAAGCCGAGGGACACAAGCAGCAGCAGCAGCAGCAGCAGCAGGAGACACAAACACGCAGAGAUAGAAAGAGAACUCGCGACAGCCGCACAGCCCCACAAGGACCUGCUAAGCCAGCAGCCGCAGCAGCAGCAGCAGCAGCAGCAGCAAACGCUGCAGCAGCAGAGACAACGCAGACACCUUCAAACUCACCCACCGUAUCCUCCAGCAACAGCAACAACAACCUCAGCAUCAGCAGCAACAACAACAACUUCAGCAACAGCAACAGCCACAGCAGCAGCAGCAGCAGCAGCAGCAGCAGCAGGUAUAUGAUUGACGAGAGUGAGGUGCUGCUGCAGCUAGCAGACUUCAACACGGCAACUGUUGCAGAUGAUGAAGCGGGAACCAUCUGGGAUGCUG